AUCGCCUUUAGAUGCCGUCGAAAAACACAUAAAAAGGCAACGACGUUUUUCUAAACUGCGAAAAACCCAAUCAUCAUCAUCGACAGCCAAACCAAAACGAGAGUCCUCGUCGUCACCAACACCGACACCACGAACCACAGCCAUACACCAUUCAAAUGUUUCCGUUUCAUUUGUCAAUACCACGACAAAUGCCUCGUCCUCCUCCUCCCCAUCCUCCUCCCCAGUGCUACCCCUUUCAAUGAGCUUAUGGCAACAGCAGCAGCAACAACAACAACAACAGCACUAUCUAAAAGUAAAUCAAGUCUUUGAACAGGAACGUGCCCUAACUCGCAGCAAUCUGCAGCACAAUCGCGGCAAAAUUGUUUUGCUCGGUCUAUUUGAACUUUCGACGAAAUCGGGUCCACGACCGGAAGGUUUGAGCGAAUUGAUUGCUGCCCAAAUGGCUGUUGAGCACAUAAAUCGCAAACAGCUAUUGCCCGGCUAUACCAUUGAACUGAUGACAAACGAUACACAGUGUGAUCCCGGCGUAGGGGUUGAUCGUUUCUUUCACGCGAUCUACACCCAGCCCUCCACACGGAUGGUUAUGCUACUGGGUUCCGCCUGCUCCGAAGUAACCGAGAGCUUAGCCAAAGUGGUGCCCUAUUGGAAUAUUGUUCAAGUUUCAUUUGGAUCCACCUCACCGGCGUUGAGUGAUCGCCAGGAGUUUCCGUACUUCUAUAGAACCGUGGCGCCUGAUUCAUCCCACAAUCCAGCCAGAAUAGCUUUCAUACGGCGAUUUGCUUGGGACACUGUCACGACUUUUUCACAAAAUGAGGAGAUACAUUCGUUGGCUGUGAACGAUUUGGUCACCGAAUUGGAGGCGGCAAAUAUAUCGUGUGCUGCCACCAUAACCUUUGGCGCCACCGACUACAAGGAGCAGCUGUUGUUAUUGCGUGAAAGUGAUACUCGUAUCAUAAUCGGUAGUUUCUCGCCCAUCCUGGCACCCCACAUCCUCUGCGAGGCAUACCGUUUGCGUAUGUUCGGUGCUGAUUAUGCCUGGAUCCUGCAUGAGAGCAUGGGUGCACCGUGGUGGCAUGAUUUGGCCGCAACGACAUCCUAUUGCACGGCAAAGGAAUUACAGGCAGCUGUGGAAAAUCUGAUUAUUGUAUCAUCCCAUAAUAGCAUCGUUGGCAAUAACAUCAGUUUAAGUGGCCUGGUAACGUCAUCAUCGGCCUCAUUCAUGUUGGGCAAAACAAUUGUUUCACGCUAUGCUCCCCAGACCUAUGAUGCCGUUUGGGCCAUUGCAUUGUCGCUGCGUGCCGCCGAGGACCGUUGGCGCAAGGAUCCAAUGCAACAAUCCAAAUUGGAUCGUUUCGAUUACACACGCAGUGAUAUGGCAACAGAAUUUCUCCAACAAAUGGGCAAAUUGGAUUUUCUGGGUGUGUCGGGUCCCGUCUCGUUCAGUGGUCCCGAUCGCAUUGGCACCACGGCCUUCUAUCAAAUACAAAAUGGCCAACUCGAACCCAUUGCCUUGUACUAUCCGGCCGAAAAUGCCCUGGACUUUCGGUGUCCGCAUUGCAAACGAGUUAAGUGGCAUGGCGGCCAAGUGCCGAUAGCUAAACGUGUCUUUAAGGUUCGUGUGGCGACGAUAGCGCCAAUGGCAUUUUACACGAUAGCCACACUGUCGUCGGUGGGCAUUGCCAUGGCAUUGGCAUUUUUGGCAUUUAACCUGCAUUUUAGAAAAUUAAAAGCCAUUAAAUUGUCAAGUCCUAAAUUGAGCAACAUAACUGCUGUGGGUUGUAUUUUUGUUUAUACUGCCGUCAUUUUAUUGGGUUUGGAUUACUCAACUCUGCCAUCGCCGGAGGACACUUUUGCUACGGUCUGUACGGCUCGAGUUUAUUUAUUGUCGGCCGGUUUCUCGCUGGCAUUCGGUUCGAUGUUUGCCAAGACUUACCGCGUCCAUCGCAUCUUCACGCGCACCGGCAGUGUGUUCAAGGAUAAAAUGCUGCAGGAUAUUCAACUGAUUCUGCUGGUGUGUGGCCUGUUGCUGGUCGAUGGUCUGGUCGUUACGCUGUGGGUUGUCACCGAUCCCAUGGAACGGCAUUUGCAUAAUUUAACACUGGAAAUCAGCAACGUGGAUCGAAGUGUUGUCUAUCAGCCUCAGGUGGAAGUCUGUCGUUCCCAGCACACCCAGACAUGGCUGGGUGCCCUCUACAGCUACAAAGGUCUGCUGCUGGUCGUGGGCGUCUACAUGGCCUGGGAGACGCGGCAUGUGAAAAUCCCCGCUCUCAACGAUUCGCAGUACAUUGGAGUGUCGGUGUAUAGUGUCGUCAUAACCAGUGGCAUUGUUGUGGUCCUGGCCAAUCUCAUCUCGGAACGUGUUACAUUGGCUUUUAUAACGAUAACGGCAUUAAUAUUAACCUCAACGACGGCCACUUUGUGUUUGCUUUUCAUACCCAAGCUGCAUGAUAUAUGGGCCAGAAAUGAUGUUGUUGAUCCGGUAAUCUCAAGUAUGGGCUUAAAAAUGGAAUGCAAUACACGUCGUUUUGUUCUGGAUGAUCGCCGUGAGUUGCAGUAUCGUGUGGAGGUGCAGAAUCGUGUGUACAAAAAAGAAAUCGCAAGUUUGGAUGCUGAAAUCCGUAAGCUGGAGAGAAUGUUGGAAUCGGGGACGGCUUCAACGACCACUUCAUCAUCGGCCUCUAUCAAAUCGCGUACACCCAGCAUAUCAGGUAUUUUACCAAACCUAUUACUCUCCGUACUGCCGCCUGUUAUACCGCGAGCCAGUUGGCCAUCAGCUGAGUACAUGCAAAUACCGAUGCGUAAAUCGGUGACAUUUGCCUCACAACCCCACCUCGAGGAUCGUACCAUAGCUGGGUCGUGUCUACCGGCACAGGAUCUGCUCAAUUUACGAUUGGCCCAUCAGCAUGCCACCGAAACGAAAACGGGUAUCAUAAAUCGUAUACGAGGCAUAUUCACCCGAACUCAGUCGAGUAACAAGGGCUCAAUCGCCAGUUUGGCAGAUCAGAAAGGUAUUAAGGCGGCCCUAAUGACCCAUGUGGGUCUCUUCUCAAGACUCAUACCAUCAUCGCAGACCGCAUCGUGUAAUGCCAUCUAUGCGGAACGUAAAAAAUCGGACAUAGAUUUAGUCCAUACGGCGGGUGAAAAUCUCAAGCCCCUCAAACGAAAAUCGAUAGCAAAAAGUGGUACCCAUUUGGAUGUAACCUUUGCCGAUCCCACAUUUUUACCCAUACCCAGCAUAUCAGCUGAAACUGUAGAUAUUUCUCAUGCGCCACAAUCAUCGUCAUCUGUCGCCAUCACCACCACCCAACAACUGUUCUCUGUACCCAUUAUCGAAGUAGAAAAUAAGUAUAUUUUGGAACCUGAAACUAAAGUUAACUUUCAAUUGCCCGCCAAUCGAAGGCCUUCCAUAGCCCAACUGCAGCCCACAUUGAGGGAGCGUGUCAAGGGCUCGCCACGUUUUCCCCAUCGUGUUCUACCCAUAACAAGUAGUUUGGGGGCACUCGAAGAAACGGGAGACAGUCAGAGACCGAAACCUGGAGGACGCAUGAAUUUAAAACGUGCCUCCAUUGUUGGCAAUUGGAAAUCUAUGGAAGUCCCCUCUAGCACCCGCUUUGCAUCGUUGACUGAUUCCAGAGAUGAUGUCUGGAAACAGGACUGUAUAACGGUUGAAAUUAAUCAAAAGGAUAAGGAGGAUAUAAUAACGGUGGAAAUUACCCAUGUCAGUGAUGAUGAUUGAGUUUGAUAUUCGAGGUAAUUGUUGUUGAAUGGAGGGUAGACUAUAUACUAUAUAUAUUUUGGUGUAAUUCUCUGUAUGUUUUUAGAUAUUCUUUUUGAAAAUAAUGUGUGUAUCCUGAGGGUAUAUAUUCCAUUUUUUCAGUACUUUCACCUUAGGUUUUUAUAGUGCACACUUGCUUUCUCGCCUUAUUUUGAUAGCAACACAUCCCACCUUGUAGAUACAAGU